AUGAUUUGGUAUCUUCUCUAUCCAUUCAGAGGGACCACUGAAGCUCCUGUACUCAGCCCAACUCAUCCCUUGCGGGACGCCUGCACACGAUACGGCAGAUACGCUGCCCGCCACGUAAUCAGCACAUUAUUGCUAUCAGUAACCGUCGCCUCCAUACUUAUAUACCCAUUUCCGUUCCUAUAUACCAACGACUUCACCAAUGGUGCCUCCAACCUCCCUCACCAUGUCUGGACCGAUGCACAACCACUGGAGGACAAGGGCGGGCUGGAACCCGACGUCAUGAUGCGCUACAUCUGGGUCCACGGAGACUACAUGCGAGCUCUCGAUCAGGAUGUCUUGCAUGGUGCUCUCGAGCUGCAGAACGAACUCCUCGGCCCCACGAUAGACUUCAGUCCGCGCCAGCUUCCUCGACCGCUCGAGACAGUAGACUUUUCCCGUACGACUGCGCUCGAUCUGAACCCCCGACAGCGAGAUUCCUUCCACAUCGCCAAUGGUCUUACGGACGAGUCCUGGUUCUUCCACUCGCCUCUGCUCUACUGGUCGUGCGACGAGAAUAAGCUUGCGGCUGACAAGGAUAUCAUUGCGACGGUAAACAACAAGAAGACUCAGCAUACCUCGGUCAAUGUCACACUGCGCCAUUCGAUCGUCUUUAGUGGAAAGCGGUUUGAAGAUCGCAAGUUGGCUGCAGCUGACGCUCUUGUCAUCACCCUCAUUCAUCGUCGGAACUCGCCCAUCGGCCGUAUCUGGCAAGCAAAAUGUGAGGAGCUCGCUCGCAAGAUGGCUGACAAAUGGGACAUUUACCCAUCGGAUGGAACGAGCAUGCGCAGCCAGAUAUACGAGUUUCAAUUCAGACCCAUGUCCGUCCAAGACGGACUUGCUUUGGGCGCUGCCUACCUGCUUGUGGCUUUAUAUUUUGUCGUGAGCCUGACCAAACUGCGGGCUGUCAAGUCCAAGAUUGGGCUGGUCGUCACCGUCAUGGCACAGCUGAUUCUGUCAAUCUUGUCAAGUUUCACUGUUUGUGCCGUCUUCAAGAUCGAUUUAUCCAGGAUACCUCAGCUGGCGUACCCAGUCGCCAUCUUCUCCAUGAGUUUAGAAAACAUUUUCCGGCUGAUCAACGCCGUCAUUCUUACCACACCUGAAGACAGCACCAGCAACCGGAUCGGACACGCCUUCGGUACAACGGGUCACAUUGCCCUGGCCAGCGUUGGCCAGAAUCUUUUCAUACUGUGGGGACUGUCAUAUGUCGUUUCGCCAGGUGUCCAGGCCUUCUGUACCUUUGCCGCCAUCGCAAUCAUAUUCGACUUCUUCUACUUGUCCACUUUCUUCCUAUCCGUGCUCAGCGUCGAUGUCCGACGAACUGAGCUCAGCGAUGCUUUGGCUAAAGCAUCGAUACGCAAUCAUCGGACGCCUGCAGAAGCGAAAGCUGGCCAGACCUGGCUCGAGGCACUGCUGCAAGGCAAAAUUGCCAUGUCAACACGAAUCGCUGGCACCAUCGUCAUGGUAGGAUUUGUCCUCAUCGCCCAAUGGCACUUCUUCGACAUGAGUCUCCUGCACCUUAUUGGCCUUAUUACCAUGCUCUCAAAGAGGUACACAGACACUGGGCCAAAGUCGUCUUUACUCAUCGAUAUUCAUCAAGCUAGAAGCCCAACGUCAUGGCUUCGUCUUCAAGAUCAUGAGACGGCGCGCGAAGUCAUCAACGUCGUCAAGCCAGACGCACAUAGUUACGUUGCCAGAGUUUUUGAUCCUAUCGUCUUCGUCAAAAAGGGAGCUGAUCGCAUGUUGUCCACGAGCGAACGUCGCUUUCUGCCAGCCGUAUAUGACUUCGUGCGCCAUCAGACUCUGCCAUUUGUAGUGACGGUUCUAACGAUAGCGGCUGCGGUCCGUAUUCUCAUGAAUUAUCUAUUAUAUGACGAACUUGCCGAGAGUCCAUCGGUUGGUGUGGAAGAGGAGCCACUCCUGACUGUACAGACCUUGGGAAAAGGUCAUUCACUAGAUGUGGUGGCGCUUUCCGCUUCACCAGAUGGCCAUGUUGUCUCUGUGGGCCUGGACAGGAUAAUUCGGGUGUGGGACGUGAAAGCUGGUGGAAGCUAUGCCUUGAUGGGCAACGAUCAGGUCAAAAUUGUCUUCCCGAUUCUGGCUAUGUGUAUCGAUGACGACUCUCGGUAUUUAGCCCUGCUUAUGACGCGAACAGUUGUGAUGUGGGAUUUGCAGGAGUGUCGCUGGGGGCCGUCUACCGCAAUAGAGCCAUUCCGGCAUCGACCUGAAGCUUUCUUCUUUGCUGCGCAGGAGUCGGAAGGGGUACACCCAGUAUUGUUGUUGAGACGCGAUGGCACCAUGACCGAAAUCAAGCCAGAAAAGGGCGAGACUGAAAGCUAUUUAAUCACCGACGGUACACUCGUCUCGGUCGGUGCUCUCGUCGAACAAGCAAAAGCUACUACCAAAGUCAUGACCUCCACGCGCGAUGGCCAGGUCCAUUGUUUAAGUCAAGAAGCCUCUGGCUGGGACUGCAAUACCGUCGACAUACCGCGACCAAGAGACAAGGAAUUCAUGUCACUUGUGGCGCUACCUGAGCUCGGAUUUAUCCUGGUCGUUCGUGUGCAGUCUAUUGACCUGGUUCACGCAGAGACUUACACUUCGAUACAUUCGUUCAGAACUGAUCCUAUACAGCCCAAGACCUUGAAGUGCUUCCAUUCAAAGAGAAGGACUAUGCGAUGCGGGUCUGUAGGCCUGAAGUAUCUCACAUUUGCAUAUUUAAACGCCUUCACUCGGGACUUAGUCGUGCAAACAUACAUGCCUCAAGACGAGGGAGCAUCAAUAUGUUUCCGUGCUCCCGGUUUGCCUGUUAGCAAGACUUGCUGCAGGUGGCCCGAAACUAAGGAAAUGAGGAGUGUUGUGAAGGAUCCGGGCACAUGGGAGGCUCUCCCGUCGCGAAUCUUACUCGGUGUAAGGAAGAAGUCUAUACCCAAAACACGUCUGGAGAAUGGGCACGCUCACCAAAAUGGCAAUGGCGAAUUGCGUCGCCGUCGUUCGAGCCAUACUCAAGCACCGACCCCAAACAUUCGAAAUCAAGAUAUGUGGGAGAUCUGGAUGCUUUCACAGGCAGGAAAUGUUGAGACGUGGGACACGAUGCCAUUGUGUCGGGACACAGACGAGGCUGAACAUCUCUACGUCAAUACGACUGGCCCGAUGGUUCGUGUAGGACGAGGGAGUGUUGCGAUUGGGCUCAGCAACGUCAUCAAGGUUAUCUUGGUGGGUCACGAAAGAUUUGAGGGCGGCGAGGAGAGCUCUGCACUUGAAGAUGGCCUGGGUACCGUGAUGAAUCGAAGGCGUAAUAAGCCAUCUACUCUCAGAGGAAAACCACCUGUUGUGCUGUCCUGA